AUGGUACCCAUAACAUGGUCCUCCGUUGUUUAUACAUAUUAUGGGGAAAUCACCCCUACGAUGAUCAAUGUCACUUCUCCUGUUCUUACACCUCUGGGGGCUAGUCAACUCUAUAACUCGGGAUCUAUCAUUCGCGACCGUUACCUAAAUUCUACCUCCACACAGCUCACUGUUGGACUCCCCGUCAACGGCCUAAGUGAUCAAUAUAUUGUCAAUAACCAAUUACAAGUAUGGACUACUGGUGAUGAGUAUAUCGUCGGGAGCGCGCAAGCUUUCAUGCAAGGACUUUAUCCUCCCGUGACGGGAGUACAAGGAACAGAUAGUGUUCUAGCCAAUGGCACCGUCAUCGACUAUCCUCUGGGUGGUUAUCAGUAUCCCAAUAUUCAAUCGCUGAGUUCAAUGGAUUAUAAUUAUAUUUGGAUCGCGGGGAAUGACCAAUGUAGAACCUACGACAUUGCAACAAAGUUUACAAAGACAUCCCCAAGUUCAACCUCUAUGAUGGCUAGCUCUGAUGAAUUUUAUCUCUCUCUUGCAAAUACCUUCUUCGCUGGCAUCGAUAACUCUCUACUUAACUAUGGCAACGCAAUCAACCUCUAUUACUAUGCACUUUACCAAUAUAAUCACAAUAGCUCUAUUUAUGAUAUGACCAAUUCAUUCGGUCUUCUGGAGACUUUGAAUGGUUUUGCAUCAGAACAGGCUAUCUCUUUUAACACGCCUAGCACGGGGUCCAGUAUUCAAUAUAUAGCAGGUCAAACCUUUGCCUCCAAAAUUAUUCAACAAUUUCAACAGACCAUUUCGAGUUCUGGGGUCAGCGACAAAUUGUCUCUUUACUUUGGUUCCUACGAACCAAUGUUAGCAUUCUUUUACCUCUCAUCCCUCUCAACUUCAGAUCUCACAAGGAAGCGUUUCUCUAAAUUGCCAGAAUAUGGAAGCAUGAUGGCCUUUGAGCUAUUUAGUUAUAUUGAAGAAGCACAAUACAAUUCAUCCAAUUCAUUCCCAGAAGCGACUGAAUUAUGGGUUAGGUUCUUAUUCAGAAACGGAACUUCGGACACCGACCCUUUGACAUCCUAUCCCCUUUUCAAUCUCGGCAAUUCGGAGAUCGACAUGAAGUACAAUGAUUUUGUCACAGAAAUUGGAAAGUUUGCGGUCAAUGAUUUGGACGCCUGGUGCAGUUCUGUGCCUCCAUCUCCUUAUUCUGCGCGGCCAUCCUCAGGUGUCAACGGUGUAGUUGGUGGCAUUAUUGGGGCAGUUGUUACGUUGGUAGUCGUGAUGAUUAUUGCAUUAAUUCUCGCGAUCUUUGGGUUCAGAAUGCACCAUCGUGAGAAGAUAAUUCCUAACGCCGCAGGUGGUGUUGGGAUCCUAAAACGAGGCUCAUCCGCGGGUGGAGGAGGGUUCAAAGGUCCUGAGAAACUCGCGUCUGAUACAGAUCUUAAUAUAGUCAAAGGACCUGGUGUUGGUGCUACCACAAAACACGAAAGAGUCGGCAGCUGGGAAAUGGGUAAUGCACCUAUAAACAAUGGCAACAGCGGCGAAGGAACUGGACCAAGACAGGAAAGACUAGUGAGUACCGCGGAUUACAGCAGGAGAAGCGAAGACGGAAUCGGAAACCAUGAUCCUUGGGGGAAGGGUGUCCAGGGUGAGGACUAUGUUUAA